CCAGAUGGAUGACACAGCCCUCCCCUCCUCUGAGGUGAACAGUUACAGACAUGAAGGUCGCUUCUUUCAACGUCCGUCGGUUCGGACUGGCCAAGGUCUCGGAUCGGGAUGUUCUGUCCACCCUGGUGAAGAUCAUAUCUCGUUACGACAUCAUCGUGAUCCUGGAGGUGGUGGAUGUGAGUGGGGACUCGGUGAAGGUUCUCCUGAGGGAACUGAACAGUGGAAACAAACUCCAUCACUACUGUCUGCAGAUCAGCUCUCGUCUGGGACGGAGCAGAUACAAAGAACAGUUCUUGUUCCUCUUCAGGGACGACGUGGUGGACCUGAUCGACUGUUAUCAGUACGAGGACAAUCAGGUCAACGACAUGGACGCCUUCGCCAGAGAGCCUUACAUUCUCCGCUUCAGGCCCCGCUUCACAGUGUUGACAGACCUGGUCCUGAUCCCCGUCCACACCACGCCCACCGACUCUGAGAAAGAGCUGGACGAGCUCUACGACGUCUUCCUGCACGUGAGAGACAAAUGGAGAACGGACAACGUCAUGAUCCUGGGAGACUUUAACGCCGACGGCGCCUACGUCAGUCGUAAGAAGAUGAAGAGCAUUCGUAUUCGCAGUGACGAGAACUUCCACUGGCUCAUCGGCGAUGACGUCGACACCACCGCAAACACAUCCAACGAUCACACCUACGACAGGAUCGUUGUGUACGGAGACCACAUGCUAGCAGCCACGGUGCCGCACUCAGCCAAGACCUUCAAUUACCACCAGGCCUUUGGUCUGACGGAGGAGAUGGCCCUCAGAGUCAGCGAUCAUUAUCCCGUGGAGGUGGAAUUCCGCAGCACUCUUCCUGUCUGCAGCUCAAAAGGCGUCCAAACGUGUGACAUUUCCAUUACCCAGAAUUCAUCAGUGACCGGAUCAGUUGCAGAGAGUUUACAGGUGGACGUGUUGAAACUGCAGAAGGAAACUCUGCAGCUGAAGCAGCAGAAGCUCCGCCUCCAAAUCACUCUGUUACAACAGCAACUUGAUGGAGUGAAAAAGGAGGAAAAGUCUCCGCACGACAUCCUUCGUUUUUAACUUUUCUUCUCAGUCCUGGUUGGACAGUUCCUGGCCAAACAGCCAAUCAGCAGACAGAACGUAUUUGUUGGUUGUUGUUCUUUUCAUUAAACACUUUUUAAAAAUGGUCC